AUGAAUACAACUGAAAAGGAAUACAGGACAAUCAAUGGAUUCACGAGGCCUAAACAUCCCUUUUAGAUAUUCACCAUAGUCUUUUUUAUUGAAAUAAUGUGUUGUGUAUCGAUAGCUAUAGUACCAAUAACCAAUUUGUUGGUUUAAAUUAUUUUAGCAUGUUUUUUUUACUUUUUCUCAAUAAUGAUAUUUUACUAUGCCUUCAAGACAUCCUACAUUGAUCCUACUGAUGAUUACAUAAUAAAAUCAAGGAGAGGACAAAGCUUUGAAAAUGAGAUAGAACUUUAUGAUUUCUUUUGUUCCUAUUGUGAUAGUUAUGUCUCCAGCACUACUAAACACUGCAGAGUUUGUGAAAGAUGUGUGUCUGAUUUUGAUCAUCAUUGUAAAUGGCUUAAUAAUUGCAUAGGAAAAAAGAAUUAUCGAGAAUUCUUUAAGUUGCUCAUCUUUGUGUCCUUAUUUGGAAUAACUUUUGUUAUAUUUGGAAUGUUUUCUAUUUCAUUCUAAUCUCCUAAGAUGUUUAUCUGGAUAUUGGUCAAUGUUGGAUUGGUGGCAAUAUUGUUUUUGUUAAAUUUUAACUUGAUGUUUUUUCAUUUUUGGCUAAAAUACUAAGGAGUGACAACCUAUGCUUUUAUCAUACAAAAAAGAUAGAAGAAAUCUUAAGAGGUUCCUGUAGAAACCCCUUAAAAGUUUUGUUGCAGCACAAAGAAGACCAGAGUAGCUUAGGUUAAUCCUAAACAAGACUUCACUUAAGGAGAUGAGUAAGUUGGUAAAAAUGAGGUUAUUUAAAAUGAACCUCCAACUGAUGUUAAAUAAUAAAAUGUGGAGAUAGAGGGAGAUGCAGAAUCAGUUCCUGAUAAUCCUCAAAAAAGAAAGAAUAGUUCUCAUACAAUAAAUUCUUAAAUUAAUAAUCAGAUAUAAGAAUGA